AUGAAACAUUUAAGUCUAUUUCUUUGUCAAAUUCUUGUGUUCUCUUCCCUUCUUACAAUAAUACCAUCCAUCGAAGGAAGAAAAUUCCAUAGAGGUUGCAAGAAACAUCAUAAGGGUUAUGAAGAUUCUUGUACAUCCAUAUCCAUUUUCAAUAUUUUGUCUUUUGGAGCAAAAGCUAAUGGAGUUUCUGAUGACUCUAAGAAACUUGUAGCUACAUGGAAAGCCGCAUGUAAAGUUCCUGGAGGAGUUGUACAAAUUCCGUCGGGUCACAAGUUUUUGCUAAAACCCGUAACACUUCAAGGCCCGUGCAUGGGUCAUGUUACUCUUCAGGUAGACGGAACUCUGUUAGCGCAGCCAAAGAUCGGAUCAUGGUCAAAAUCAAACUUAUUCCAAUGGAUCAAUUUCAAAUGGGUUCACAAUUUUACGAUACAAGGAAGUGGUACCAUUGACGGCCAAGGCUACAAUUGGUGGAAACCAAUGAAAUCCAAGUACAUUUCAGACAUAAAACCAACUGCUUUGAGAUUUUAUGCAAGCGAAGAUGUUACCGUUCGUGAUAUCACGAUUAGAAAUAGCCCACAAGUUCAUUUGAAAUUUGACAACUCUAGAGGUGUCAAAGUUGAUAACAUUACCAUUUCAUCACCUGGAAAUAGCCCUAACACCGACGGUAUUCACCUCCAAAACACUCGUGAUGUGGAAAUCCUGCAUUCCAAUAUCGGAUCUGGAGAUGAUUGUGUCUCCAUACAAACUGGAUGCUCCAAUGUUCACAUUCACCAUAUAAACUGUGGUCCUGGACAUGGUAUAAGUUUAGGAGGAUUGGGAAAAGAUAAAAGUAUUGCUUGUGUAUCGGAUAUUCUUGUAGAGAAUUCAAACAUUCAAAACACUUUGUAUGGAGCAAGGAUUAAAACUUGGCAGGGAGGAAUAGGUUUGGUCAAGAAUGUUACUUUUUCAAACAUUCAGGUGGCAAAUGUUAAUUUUCCAAUAGUGAUCAACCAAUUCUAUUGCGACAAGAGUCUUUGUCAAAACCAAACGGGCUCAGUUGCGAUAAAGGAAGUAAACUUUGAGAGAAUAACCGGGACGUUCUCAACUCAACCCAUACAUUUAGCAUGUAGCGAUGAUGUGCCGUGUACCGGGAUUAAUCUAUCUGACAUUCAACUAAAACCUUCGAGAGGCCCUCUCGAAGGAUCUCAAAAUCAAGAAGCUUUGUGCUCAAACUCUUAUGGCAAUUCAAAGGGUCCAUUGAUACCAUCUAGCAUGAACUAUUGCUUAAAAAAAGGUGGUGGUGUCUCGGUUCACAAAUUUUCAAGAUCUUCUAAUGAGCUAUGUUAGUUGAGAGGGUGUAAUGUAAAAAUGUAAAUGUUGAAGUACCAUAAUAGGAAAUUCUAAAUGCUAAUGCAUGAAUAAGACUUUGGGCCUGGACCAUGCGGUGGGCCAAGUCUUUGGUUGUAAAGGGCCUAGAUAGCACGUCGGUGAAUGGUUUUUUAGUUUAAAUUUUUACAACAUUGACUACACUAAAAUAAAGUCACCAUUGGUGUUAA